AUACGAGAUUUUUCUUUCUGUGAAAAUGCAGUUUUGUAACACAAAGGUCUAUGUUUUAGUAUAUGAUCUUCUUAACUCGCCGUAAGUAAAAUUCACGGAUAAAAAACCAAUUUUGCCCUCAAAUUAUGUUUGCACCAAUAAUUAAUCUUCUAUCUUAUCAUGAGUGACAGUAUUACGUAAAGUAUAAAAAGCAUAAAGAUAUUGUUUCAGUGCUUAAAUUCAUGAAAUCGCUGUUUCCGGCUGAUAAAAUUUCAUUUAACACAAAAACAUUCAACAUGAGGAUCCAAUAUUUCGCUCUGUGUUGUUUGGUUUUAGCUUUACAGUCUCCAUUGGCGGAGUCUGCUAUUACGUCCUGGACAACACCUAAUAUAUCAGGUGACAGUGGACCUGGGACACUUUCUAUCCCAGAAUCUCAAACUUUAACAACAACAAUAGAAACGUACGUUGCUUUAACCGAUGCGACCACGGUCACGUAUGCUUUAAACCCAGCAGUUGCUCCAUUUGCAUUAUCUACGACUGGUGUAUUAACGAUAACUGCUAAUCUUGAUGCCGAUAAAACACCUACAUACACACUUAAUAUCGUAGCAACGGACAACACUGCAAACACUCCUGCUUCAGGAACUGCCACUAUCACUGUCACAGUGACUAAGGGAACAAAACCAUCUUUCGGAUCGCAAAAGUAUGAGCAGUGUAUUGCAGAUGGUUCAGUUAUAGACACAACUCUGGUAACUGUCCUGGCAACAGAUUCAGACAAGAGUCAGACUGUCACGCAUAGCAUAGCAUCUGGAAACAUAAACACUGAUUUCAAAAUUGGUGCAACUACUGGAGUUAUACAGGUUGCAAAGGCUCUUUCAAUGACAAGGACUGCAAGCUACACAUUGGUCAUCAAUGCAGUUGUCAAUGGACAAACUGCAAAGACAGGAUCAACGACCGUAGCCGUUACAGUAUCUGCCGAAUGUAAUAAAAACAACUCAGCCAUCAACGGCGCCAGUAUUGCUUCCCUACUGUUAAGCAUACUGACACUGUUGAUGAUUUAAUUUAGACGUCUGCGUUAUUACAAAGAAACAAUUACAGUGCGUGAUUCGAACUCUUUUAACUUAUUUAACAACAUUAAAUAUGUUGUUAUUUUCAUUGUUUUUGGAAUGAUUCAGUAAUGAGAUGCAUUUGUAUCGAUAAGCGAAUCAUUUCAAGUAGGAUUGUUGCUCCUGGUUGUUAUAUAUAACUAUACACUGUCUCAACUUGCUUUUCUGUACUCUUGUGAAUCUUUUUAAUAAACUUAAUUUCUUUAUUUUA